AUGGCGCGACAAGCACGUGCAGUCCAACCCACGGAUACUUGGCAGGACACGGCAGUUGGCGAGAACAGUGGUCGUUGGCUGCGACAUGAGCCGCAGGGCGACCAGGGCGACAGGGCGUCCCGGGACCAGGGCAUGAGACCGGAAGUUGAACGAGUGCAGCGAGUCGACGACGCGGCGGACGCUGCGUGGGCUCACGCAUCUGCAUCUGACCAGGCGGGCGGCUCAGAUGACCCGCCUCCUCGAAUCAUUGGGCCACGCGGCCGGCGUCUGCAUCGCAAUGUGGCCAAGGUGAACAGCGGCCCGGCCCCCGCGAAGCUUGCAUGA